AUGAAUUCAAAAAAGGUUUCUAUUGCAAAAGAAGGUUUUCUUUCUUCUAAAACAUGUUCCAACGACGCAUACAGUUUGGCAUCAGAUCUAGACGAAGCAGAAGUUUCAAAGGAAAUAGAAGCGAUGGAAAUUUGUAAAAUUAAAGUCACUCCAAAGAAAAAGAUACAUUUUAUGAAGAAAUCUUCUGCAGAAAUUUCAUCAACUUCUAAAACCGUUUUGAAUUCGACUAAAAUUACUAUUCCAAGAGAAGAGUUUCUUUCUUCUGAAACAAAUUCUUAUGAAGCACUUAGUUCGAUAUCAGAUUUAGAUGAAACAGAAAUUUCGAAGAAAAUAGAGGCGAAGAAAAUUUGUAAAAUUGAAAUCACUCCGAAGGAAAAGAUACAUUCUACCAAGCAAUCUCCUGCAGAAACUUCAUCAACUUCUAAAAGGGUUUUGAAUUCGACAAAAGUUACUAUUCCAAGAGGAGAUUUUCUUUCAUCUGAAACAGAUUCUUGUGAUGCUUUUAGUUUGACAUCAGAUAUAGACGAAGUAGAAGUCUUGAAGAAAAAAGAAGAGGAAGAAAUUUGUAAAAUUACUCCCAAGGACAAUAUCCAUACUGCUAAAUAUUUUUCUGCAGAACCUUCAUCAACUACUAAAGUGGUUUUGAACUCAACAGAAGUUACUAUUCCAAGAGAAGAUUUUCUCUCUUCUAAAACAAGUUCUUGUGAUGCACCCAGUUCGACAUCAGAUCCUGUCGAAAUAAAGCCAUUAGAUUUUCCAUUAGCAGCCAUUCCUUUGGCAUUAUCUCAUUUGUCCCAUAAUUCAGCUUGUGUCAAGUCCAGUCCAACAGUAGACACAAAAAGAUCGUCAUCGAUUUCCUAUCCAACGAUUGUUCCUAAAAGUGUAUUUCAGCCAUCCUCUCAAGUUAGUAUCGAAUCUGAUUUUAUUACUAUCACCCCUGUUUUCAAGACAGCGAAAUCAUCAAGUUCGCCUAAAACUGUUUAUGCGAACAAAAUGAAUAAUUCAAAUCGUGAAGUCGCAACUGAUUCUUAUUCUACUGCUAAUAACCCAAUAUUAAAUACGACAAAAUGCUCUAAUUCUUUUAAAGCAACUAUUACGGAGGUAGGCUCAGAUUUUCCUAAAUCAGUUAUUUUUAAGGAAUUACUUCAUUCAUCUCGCAAAACUGGCUCAGAUUCUGCUUCCAACGCCAAUAGCGCAGCGUUAAAUGCUGCGGUAAACUCAAGCUCUUCUAAAACUGCUAUGUCUAAAGAAGUUUUUCAUUCGUCUUCUAAAUUUACCGGAGAAUCUACUGUCUUCCCAGAUAUUUCGUUAACAGUGUUAACGACAUCUACUGAAAGCAUUCCUGCUAAUAACAAAUUGUCAUCCGUUACAAGUAAUUGGGAUAAUUUAACAAUGAAUAUAAUGAGUCCAAAGGAGAUUUCAAAGUACAUGUUAAAUAUAAUUCAUGACAAGAAUGUUUACAGCUCCCUGUCUAGUAACACUUCCGUGAUUGGAUCUAAUACAACAAGUGAUUGCAAUUACUAUGAGAGCAAAAAUUCAUUACGCAGGUAUUCGAAAGCUCCAACAACACAGAUGCAACAUCUAUCAUCUAACAAGAGCUGUUUUCAACCAAUAAUGAAGACUAAUGCUGUAACCACUAGUACAGUUGCAGUUUCGCAAACUAAACAAGCCACCUUAGUGAAUUCUACGCAUUCAAUUUGUAAUGCUACUUCAAUAAAUUUGCAUAAAAUCAAUAUUUCGCCAAUAGUAAAACACAGAAAACCAGAUGGUAAACUUUAA